AAGUAAAUGGAAAAUUUAAUUGCUGAUUGUUUGAAUUUCUUUUUAUUUAAUUCGCAAAGUUUACGAGUGUUUAAAGCUUCGCUUCUUCACCUAUGUACACACAAAGAGUAGAGAAAAAUAUGCAAACGCCUCUCUGAUGGACUUACAACUUGCCGCGGAGCUAGGCAAGACGCUGCUGGAGCGCAAUAAAGAGCUCGAGUCGCUGGUCAAAGAGCUGAAGGGUACUAUCGAUGAGCAGCAACAGGAAAUUGUGUACUUGAAGAAACACACGACCGCAUUGCGCGAGGUCAAUGACACGCGUCUGAAAGUGUAUGAGCAAUUGGAUAUUGGCAUACAGGAUCUGGAGCGCGCCAACCAGCGUUUGACCGCUGAGAAUACCAGCGACAAGAAGCAUAUUAAAACGCUUGUACAAAAUAUCGAAGCACUUGAGGCGCGUCAAGAUGAGCUCAAUAAGCAAUUGGAGGAGCUCCGUCAAGCGCUCUCAAUGGAGCGACGAAAGAACGAACGUCUCAGCAGUGCCAACGAGAGACGCAAUGCCGCCGGUGUGGCCAAUGACUCCCAUAGGAACAAUGGAGUGCUGGAUGGUAGUGCGGUCGAAGAGCCUACUUCAACCAGCAAUAGCAACGAAAGCAGCAGUGAAGUGUGCUUCGAAGCCAACACCACGGCGCCUGAGAACUGUAGUUUUGCGUUCCGGUCGACGGCGCCCGCGGACAGCAAGGCUAAUUCGACGAGUAUCGGCGCCCACCAGAGUCAUGACAAUUCGAUGGCGUUGAGUGACUUGGUGUGCAGCGCAGAUGACGGUGAAGAAAUCAUAAAGCUUGUCAAUGACUUAGAGAUGACGAAAAAGGCGUUUUUGGCCGAGCAACAACGUUGCACAGAGUUGGAAGAGCAACUAGUGGCCAUAAUUCAAGAGAAUCAAAUGUUGCAAAGCCGAUUGGCGAACAAUAGUCCCAACGAGGAGAUGCGGUCAAUGCAAGAAGAGCUUUCCGUAUUGGAUGAAGUGCGGCAAGGAAAGAUGUGCAGUCGCUGCAUGCGCGUUGUUGAGGAGCGGGGCACCAUUGGUGACGAACAGUCGUCACUAGCCCCCACUGAGGAGUACCACGAGGAUGAGGAGCGAAGUUUGCUCGAUAACGGUAGCGAAUGCUCACAGGCCGCCUACCGUCCCGGUGUAUCGAUUAAGGUCUCUCAACGCAUUGCUGACUCCUUGGAUCUGAGUAUUCCCAGCAGCCCAAAUCCGUACCGAGAAUUGGUAGAGAAAUACGAAGCUUUGCUUGAGGUUCAAUGUUCGGCUAUCGUGCGUAAGAGUACUACCAUGGGCGGCGCUGUUGGAAGUGGCAGUGGCAGUGGGGGUGACGGGAUGUCACUCGCCGACGAGUUCCAAUCGUCGGGUGAAUUUAGUCAGUCACAAAAGUCGCACACGUUAUCCUCCGUUGCCGAUGAGACCGCAGCUGAUGAGAGCUGUGGUGCAGGUUCGGCAGUUGGCAGUUCCUGUGCUGCCGAGGUGCAGAAUGGUGGUGAUUUAAGUUUACCUUCAUCCAAUGAUGCCAACACCACUAAAGUAGUGAACAAUACGAAGGAUAUGCGAGGCCGUACGCCUACUGAAUACUCAGAGGCGGAAACUUCUUCUUCUGGUUAUGCCGAUGAAACUAGUAAUAAGUCGACGCAAACAGAAAACCGACCUGGUUCUUUUCUUUGCACUAUCGGUGACGGCGAGGUGUGCAAGUUUAGUAUUUAUGAUGAUGCCAGUCCAAUUGAAUCGCAUUUCCGUAAUCGUCCCGAAUACAAGGAACUAUUCAAAGAGAUUUUCGCGGUACUGAAGAAAGCGGCUACUAAUAAGGAGGAGGGAGAGAGAUUGCCUUUGCUCGACGACACCGAACCAGCCGCAACUAGUACGUGUACCGCCGCCAAGGUGCCGCCAGUGACACCUGCCAAUGAGGAGCUGCCAAUAGGUUUUGAAGAUGACGCACAAAGCAUUAUUUCAUCAGCGGUGUCCGAACAAUCGUUUGCCAUGUCCGAGUGUAUAACCAAGUUGGAACGCAAGACCGCGAAGAAACACAUUAUCGAGAAGAAUCAAGAAAAUCAACCCCCAUCGCUGCUGGGCACUUCUAUAACAACAUUAGUUGUUGGCGGUAAAUCGCCAAUAGUUGAAAAUGGUCGUGUUUUGACACCAUUGAAACGCGAACCGCUCGAAUAUCUGUCAGUGGGGGUAGGCAUAAAGAAGAAAAACCGUCGUAAGAACCGCAACUUUAGCGGCGAUCGCUCCGAGUCUCCAGCCACGCUGCCGUCACCACCACGCUUUUUCAUUGCGAGUGGUAAGAAACGACGUGAUGUUCGUCCCUAUGUUCAAUCACCAUUGGCGAACACCUCUUCCGAUCAACCACGCUCCUCACGCAGCUCUGGCGGCGCACACUAUGAAUGGAGUGGCAACUCGAUGGUCAUUUACAACCGCAGUUUGAAUUCACCUGGCACGCAAUCGUCAUUACGGGGACGAGAAAUGGAUUUGAGCAAUCUUGAGUACCGACCUAGCUUCCUCUCCAGGGAGCUAAACCAGCUAAAGAAUUUGGAGAUGUCGUACGCCGAGGUUCUGCGCAGCGCCGAUAGCUGCAAGCACAGCCACUGCCAAUCGGCCUCACAUCACCACCAUCACCAUCAUUCACAGCAACAGCAGCAGCAACAUCACUCACAGCAAAAGCAACACAAACAACAAAAACUGCAGCGAAAUCGCAAAAACUAAGCAAGUAGAGACAAAUGAUGAGCAAGCAGGUCUUUUUCGGCAACGAAAAGUCCUUUCCCCAUUGUCAACUCUGCAUUUGAUUUCCGCUCAAUAUCCAUAAUUGGAUCUAUGUAACCUAAAAAAUACAAAAUUAAGAACAUAAGAACAAUUACAUACAUACAUACAUACAUACAUGUAUAAGCGUACUAGCCCUAAUUAGUAUUUGAAUAGUUUGAAGAAGUAAACUUUUUGCCCCCACCCAACUAGUUAGGAAAAGCGAAGAGAAGCACAGCAGUAACACAGAAACUGAAACAAAAACAAUAAACAGAAUCAUAUAUACAUAUGUAUAACAAACCAUAAUAUUCUUACGACUAAUUCAAUGUAAACUCAUAAAAAGACAUUACAAUACACACAGGCACUCUAAUGAGAAGCAACUGCUAAAUUUGGAGUCCUAAACACAUACAAACAUGAGCUAUAACUGUAAUAAUGAUUCCCAUUCAGUGUGUUUUCCGUGGGAUGUCACAAAUGUCAAAAGUUCAGUCCAGGAGCAAUUUGUUCCAUUGUGUGUAGGUGUUUCGACAUGACCAAGCAGACAGGCAAGCUAUGAGAGAGGACAGUUGCAGAGUGCGGUGGGCGUGGUUUACGAAUCCUACGCACAAGCCGCCAUUUUCUAUUUUUAAUUAAUUUAGUACCCUUUUGUAAAUAGUACGCUUCAAAAUUUAAACUAAUUUUAACUCCUGUAAAAAGCAAAUAAUUUUUACCGGACAAAAAUGAUUGCGACCAGAAAAUAUUCAGCUCUACUUUGUUUACUACACAUGUGAGAUGCAGAUGAAUUAGAUUUUGUAUUAACUUAUUUGUUUUUUUAAAUUUCAAAAAGAGUAUAGACGCUUUAGGUACUGCUGUAAUUACAUUCUAAUUUGGUUAGAAUUUAUUUUCCCAGACAUUCAAAGUUUGCCAAAAAAAGAAAAAUAACACCAAAAUUUUUUCUUGCUAAAUUUAUAUUUUAAUACUUUCAUUCGAUGUACUAUAAUUUCCACCAGGUUUUUAAAUGUUUUUAAAAAUCUAGAAUAUAAUUUUGAAAAAAAAACGAAAUAAA